CAGAAUAUAUUUCUUGUUUACUCACUUCGAGCAUGUUAAAAUGAAUGUCAAAUGGAUUUUCAUUCACUCUUCUAAUGAUAUUAGAUGAAUAAGAAAGGGGAAAUCUAUCGUUGUCUAGAGGAUGUAUUCAAUUAUAAGGAGUUUAAAUCUAAAGUUCAAAAAGAUGCCGUGAAUGCAGUUAUUAAUGGCAAACAAGAUGUUUUUGUAUGUAUGCCAACUGGUGCGGGGAAAUCUUUGGUAUACCAACUACCAGCGGUAGUUUCUUGUGGAGUUACAAUUGUUGUUUCACCAUUACUAGCCCUAAUAAAAGAUCAAGUAGAGUCUCUUAAAGCACUUGGGGUAUGUGUGGCAACCUAUAACUCCAAUAUACAACUGAAUGAACGUUUGGAAAUAAAGUGUAAUCUCCUUAAGGACACUCCAUCAAUAAAACUUCUUUAUGUGACUCCAGAACUUCUUGAAACUCAUGAAUUUAACAGAGUGUUGCAUCAAAUAAAUGAAAACGGCAAUUUAGCAUACUUUGCCAUAGAUGAGGCUCAUUGUGUCUCACAAUGGGGUCAUGAUUUUAGACCUGCUUAUGCUAAACUUGGCCUAGUGAGGGAAAAGUAUCCAGAGGUUGUAUGGAUAGCCUUGACGGCUACGGCAACGCCAAGGGUCCAGCAAGAUAUAUUGGAACUGUUACAUUUUAAGCAGCCAGUGGCUAAUUUUAGAAUAGGUGUUCACAGACAAAACUUAUUUUAUGAUGUUAGAUUUAAAGAACUUUUGGAUCAGCCUCUUGAGGAUUUGGUGGAUUAUAUUAAAUCAGUUUUGAAGAUGGAGGGACAUAAUAAACCAAGUGUCAUAAACGAUUGUGGUAUUAUUUACUGUCAUACAAAAGAGAAUUGUGAAAACAUGGCAAGCAAAUUAUCAGACAGUGGUAUAAAAACUAAAGCGUAUCAUGCAGGAUUGAACUCAGGGUUACGUCAAAGUAUCCAACAAGAAUGGAUGGAUGGAGUUAUAUCAGUCAUAGCAGCAACUGUUAGUUUUGGUAUGGGUGUAGAUAAAUCUUCCGUUAGGUUUGUUGUUCAUUGGAAAAUCCCGCAGUCGGUUGAAAGAUAUUAUCAAGAAAGUGGUCGCGCUGGACGUGAUGGAAAAAAGUCAUAUUGUCGACUGUAUUAUUCAAGAUAUGAAAGGGAGCAGAUACUCUUCCUGUUGAAAAAAGAUCUUAAGAAAGAAAAACGUGGAAAUAAGUCGCUGAAGGAAAAAAAUUCAAUACAAAGUUUUAAAGCUUUGGUUGAAUAUUGCGAAGAAGCGCGAUGUCGACAUGCGUUCAUUUCUAAAUACUUUGGAGAUAAAAAACCUGAGUGUAACCAAGGAUGUGAUUUCUGUCGUAAACCCAAAGAUGUGGAACUUAUGAUUGAACAAUUGCAUGAAGGAGUGAUAGCUAAUAAACGACACAAUGGAUAUUCCAAGACAUACAUGUGUUCGGACUAUGGUGAAGGUAGUGAUGAUCAGUAUGGUGGAGGCAAGCGCGGGCCUGACACGAAGUAUGACCACGAUGAGGCGGGCGACCCAGAUUUUGAAGAAAAAUGUAAGAACAAUCGCGUUAAGAUUAUCGAAGAAGAGUUCAGAAAGAGAAAAGGGGUUGCAUCAAAGAAAGCCAUAGAUAAAAACGAUCUCGACAAUAUCCCAGGCCUGGCAUGCAAGCUUAAAAAUGCAUCGAAUUUAUCUCGUAUUCCAAAAUUGGCAGUCAAGGUUCGUGAAUUCUGCCUCCAACGGCUGGAGAAAGCAUUAGUAGCGAAUUGUGAGAAAAGUAACAGGACAACGUUUCGUGUUGAACAGUUGGCUGUAAACUUGGAGAAUGAAGUUUUCCUUGCGAACAGAAGUUCUCAGAUGUACAAAUUGAACAUUCAACAAAAGGUAAAGGAAAUCAACCAGUCGACAGAAAAUAACGAAAUAUUUUCAGUGGAAAGCGACAACUUCAAAAGCCCCGUGCUGGUUCACAACGAUAGUGAUAUUGAAGUUGCUCAAUUUGUUAAAGCAUCAGAGUUACUCCAGAAUACAUCAGAAGAUAUUGGCCCUAAAGAACCGGCAGAGACAAGGGGUAAAGAAGAAGCAAUUGAUAUUGAAGAAGGCUCACGGCCAGCAGAAAUUAUGAUCAAAGACGAAAACUCCGAGUCCGAGGAUAUCUUCACCAUCAAGGUAGGGAAGAUUGAACAAGAAAAUGAAGAUAUGGAGACUGAUUGUAAGAGCAUAGUCACGAUAAGUUGUUCAACGAUAAAGCCUCUGCAGGGAUCACCAAGUGGGGAUAGCCCAAAAUCUUCAGUGUUACAAACUCUUAAACGGCCAUCGAUUAGUAAAGAUGUUCAGAAGAUUAUCGCCAAGAGAGAAAAGCAUUCGCCUAAAUCAGAAUAUGAUAUACCAUCUCUUCCUCCGUUACCACCUCUUACCGAUUCCGUCAAAACUACGACAGCGAAACUGGACACUUCAGAUCCUGAACCUUGUUACAUACUUAAACCUAAACAACAGAGUGAAUCAUCAACUUCAUCGUCUGGAUUGCAGGAAAAGAAUGAAAUAUUUGUGCGGACCAUUAAACAAGAAACAUUUGAAUCCCAAGUCACUUCAUCCAGUGUUCAACUAACUUCCUCUUCUCAAUUGGCAAGCUCUUGUAGUUUUCAAUCACAAGUUAUACCAGAGACAUAUUUUCCAAUUCAAUCAAAACAACCUCAUUGUAGUAAUUCACUUAAUAGUGACGUGCUGCCUGGUGACAUUCAAGAUUCCCUCCCUGUAUUCUCCAAUGCAUGUGUGUCAACCACUGCCAACCAAGCAGCAACACAUCUGGUUACAUCGAGUGAUAAAUUUAAUUCAUCAAGUAUGCCGUCACCAUACGCGACUAAUGUUCACCCACGGCCAUCUGCUGUCCAAACGGCGCAUGCUCAAGUAAUACCACCACAAACUAUCCCAUAUCCCUACCCUCAAUGUGCUCAACCCAUGCAGGGGAUUCCAUCGACAUCUAUGGAUCCAAGACACUUUUACGGAAAGAUCCAACCUACCAAUAGUUCUACGGUCACUUCAUCUUCAGGUUACUUUCAAGACAAAUAUAAACUAUCUGUUCCAAUGAAUGGUAUUACGAUCCCUAAUAUGCAAGUUCAGCCACCAGUAUCUUCACAGUGUGAAAAACCAGCGUCUAGUUCGCAUUCAAUUACCAAUGCUUCAAAAACACUUACAACAAGUGAAACGGUGAAACGUCGUCCGCGUUCAACUGCGACUAAAAUAGCAGAGAAAUCUAGAAAUAAUAAAAAGGACUGUGCAGAUAUCAUUGUAAAGUAUCUAACCCCUUACUAUAAAUCUGGAGAAGUCGAGUCAAAGUCAUUAUUCAAGUCUCUUGCAAAAGAGAUGACUGAGAGAUUGGUACAAAGUAUGGCAGGCGUUUGUGGCGAUAAAUUGAAAAAUACAGCAAGAUCACUGGUGAAGAUGUAUUUUGAUGAAAAGCGUCGAAGAUCUUCGAAAGUCAAGUGAUGAUUAUAUCGACUUAAUUUGUGUGGGCAGUGAAAAAGAAUUGUUAUUAAAUGUGCUUCAAGACAAAGAAACAAAAGUAGCCUUCAACAAUUCAUCCUGGAAAAGACAAAUUCAUCCUGGAGUCUAAAUUGCGUCUCAUUUCUUUAUAUUAUUAAUUCGGCGUGUUGUCAAAGAAUGUCGGAACAAAUUUGUCAGUUGUUAUUUGAAUAAAUUGUACAACUGGUGUAGCUAAUGAAUGACAUUUAGGGUGAGCCUUGU